AUGUUAAAAAUAAUCCUACCCACAAUCAUACUCUUGCCAACAGCCCUCCUAUCCCCCCAAAAAUUCCUAUGAACAAACACCACCACACACAGUCUCUUGAUCGCCACCCUCAGUUUACAAUGAACUACUCCAACAUACUACCCACACAAAAACCUAACCCAAUGAACCGGCAUUGACCAAACCUCCUCCCCCCUACUAGUCCUAUCCUGCUGAUUGCUCCCACUUAUAAUCAUUGCAAGCCAAAACCACCUCCAACACGAACCUCCAGCACGAAAACAAAUCUUCAUCACAACCUUAAUCAUAAUUCAACCAUUCAUCCUCCUCGCCUUCUCAACCACAGAACUAAUACUAUUCUACAUCUCAUUUGGAGCAACUCUAAUCCCAACCCUAAUCCUAAUCACCCGAUGAGGAAACCAACCAGAACGCCUAAGCGCUGGCAUUUACCUACUAUUCUAUACCCUCAUUAGCUCCCUACCACUACUAGUCACAAUUUUUCACCUACACACACAGACCGGCACAUUACAAUUAACAAUAUUAGAAUUAACCCACCCCAUACUCAUUAACUCAUGAACAAACCUCUUAUCAAGCCUGGCCUUACUAACUGCAUUUAUAGUAAAAGCACCCUUAUACGGCUUCCACUUGUGACUCCCAAAAGCCCACGUAGAGGCCCCAAUCGCAGGGUCAAUACUACUCGCCGCCUUCUUCUUAAAACUAGGAGGAUAUGGCAUUAUGCGCAUUACCCUCCUAACAGGCCCCCUUCCAACCCAUCUACACUACCCAUUCCUCACCUUAGCCCUAUGAGGAGCACUAAUAACUAGCUCCAUCUGCUUACGUCAAACCGACGUAAAAGCACUCAUCGCCUACUCCUCCGUAAGCCACAUAGGCCUAGUCAUCGCUGCAGGUACAAUCCAAACUCACUGAUCAUUCUCAGGGGCAAUAAUCCUAAUAUUCUCCCACGGUUUAAUUCCUUCAAUAGUAUUCUGCCUAGCCAACACCAUUUACGAACGUACACACAGCCGAAUUCUCCUCCUAACACGAGGUCUCCAACCCCUCCUACCCCUUAUAGCCACCUGAUGGUUACUAGCAAACCUAACUAACAUAGCCCUACCACCAACAACCAACCUAAUAGCAGAACUAACAAUCAUAGUUGCCCUAUUCAAUUGAUCCUCCUUCACAAUCAUCCUAACUGGAAUUGCAACUCUACUAACCGCAUCAUACACCCUAUUCAUGUUACUAAUAACCCAACGAGGUACAUUACCAACUCACAUAAUAUCCAUCCAAAACUCGAAUACACGAGAACAUCUCCUAAUAGCCCUCCACACUAUACCCAUACUACUCCUCAUCCUAAAACCAGAACUUAUCUCUAGA